ACGGGGCCAAUCAGGAACGGGGAUCUUGGCUCGGCGCGCAGGCGUGCUGGGGCGGACGGCCGAGGAUUCAUGUGGAGGAGGGGGUUGUUAAAGAGGCUGGAAGUGGAGGUGUGAAAUGGCUGCGAAGGUGUUUGAAAGCCUUGGGAAGCUGGGCCUAGGCUUGGCGGUUGCAGGUGGAGUUGUCAAUUCUGCUCUUUACAACGUUGAUGCUGGUCACAGAGCUGUCAUCUUUGACCGAUUCCGUGGGGUGCAGGACACUGUGGUGGGAGAAGGUACCCACUUCCUCAUCCCCUGGGUGCAGAAACCCAUCAUUUUUGACUGUCGCUCUCGCCCCCGUAACAUUCCUGUCAUCACUGGCAGCAAAGAUCUCCAGAACGUGAACAUCACAUUGAGGAUUCUGUUCAGACCAGUGACUGCCCAGUUACCACGGAUUUUCACCAGUAUUGGAGAGGACUAUGAUGAGCGUGUCCUGCCCUCAAUCACAACUGAAAUCCUCAAAUCUGUUGUGGCUCGCUUUGAUGCUGGAGAAUUGAUCACUCAGAGGGAGCUGGUGUCAAGGCAAGUAAGUGAAGAUCUCACAGAGAGAGCAGCAACUUUCGGGCUUAUUCUGGAUGAUGUCUCCUUGACCCAUCUGACCUUUGGCAAGGAGUUCACGGAGGCAGUGGAGAUGAAGCAAGUGGCCCAGCAAGAAGCAGAGAGAGCCAGAUUCAUUGUGGAAAAGGCUGAGCAGCAGAAGAAAGCAGCUGUCAUUUCUGCUGAGGGAGACUCCAAAGCAGCUGAGCUGAUUGCCAACUCUCUUGCCACUGCAGGUGAUGGUUUGAUUGAGCUGCGCAAGCUAGAGGCAGCUGAAGACAUUGCCUAUCAGCUCUCCCGCUCCCGCAACAUCACCUACCUGCCCUCUGGACAGUCUGUGCUCCUCCAGCUGCCCCAGUGAACCUGGCUCUGCAGCCCUAGCUAGCUAGCUUUAUCACCUCUACCUACCAGAUUGGGCCCUUAUCCAAAAAAGAAUCUUUGCAAUUUCCUCAGUGAUAAAAAGCAGGGGGAAAAAAAUUAUUCAACCUAUUUUGAAUUCUGUUAAUCAAAUAAAACUUCCAACACUUGACAACAGACCUGCAUUCCUCCCAUGUAUGGUCAGAGUAGUGGCUCCACUGACCAUGCAGCUAGGUUUGAGAAUUGCCCAGUUCCCAGGCAACAGGAGUAGAGUUUUCAUCUGCUCACUUCUGGAAUGAGUAGCCCAGGUGACUCCCUGCCUACAAGAGAGCUCUUGGUAAUCCGGUUUCCCAGCGAUGCUUCUGUGCCUUUAGGCUGGCUGAGCCACGAGCCAGGGUUGUGACAAACUUCCAGAUCCUGGAUGGUGGCACAGGGACACUCAGGGCUCACUCUUCAGUCCAGCCAGUCUAUUUUUUUUCAAGUAAGAGGACAUCUCAGCUGUUAGGCCAGCAGCUCUGCUGUGCUUGUGUGAACCUCAGCACUGAGAGCCUGAGGUGCAGAUCAAGUGGAUUGUGGCUGGGGGUGAGAACACCAGAGACUGACUUGGUGCAGGAGAUGGAUUUCAGGCAUGGAGGAGAAGAUCCUUCUCGUAUGAAUGGCAGCAACAGGGACAUCUCCACUUCUCCCCCUGCUGCUGCACACUUGAUCUGUUUGCUGGGGUGUUCCUGGUUGUGCAGUGUUGGUUCUUCCCCCAAGGUCAGUCCAAAGUGGCAGCUGGGCCUUGGCAAACAGCACCUGGGGUGAGGAGGGGAUGACUCAGUGCUCUGCAGCUCAGGCACUAGGCACUCAGAGUUGAGGCAGGAUUCUCUGUUACAUUGAGUCUCUUUCUUUUUUUUUUUUUCUUUUUUUUUUUCUUCUUUCUUUUCUUUUUUUUCUUCUUUUUUUUCUUUUUAAUUUAAGGAAGAACCUGAAUUGUAAGGAGGAUGUGAUGGGUUUGAGAUUGUAUCAGCAGCCUUCAAUAAAUGUCACAGUCCUAAGUGUA